AUGCCGCAGGGAAUUCUCCACACGCCAAAUGAGACUGUUUUCCACUUGAAGCAAUACUUCUACGUACUCCCGUCGGAAGUUCUGGUUGAUGAGCAGUAUGGACGUGAUCUAGACGAGAAUCUUUUGAAUCAAAAAAAAGGCUUGGAAGAGUCAGUGAUCACUCAAGAAUGCUCGUCAGUUACAGAAAACUGUUAUGUCGUGGUGGACCGUAAAGUGGAAACUGAGCUCGGGCAAAUGGUGGAGCGUCAUAUGUUUGUGAAGGGGUUCGAAGAUGAGAGUGAUACGAUUGUGAGGCUAAUUCCGCAAGGAGAUAGAACAUUUGAAUUUUCGGACACUCGAAUGUGGAAAAUUGACCAUCUCUCGAUAAGAGCUCAAUACAUUGCCGCUUUAAUCAGCGCUCCAUUUAUUGUGUCGGCUCUCUCACUGGUGGACUCUGACAACGAUGGGAAAGCAAUCCUGGAAAUUGGGCUAGGAGGCGGAAGUUUGGAUAUGUUUCUGCAUUCGCUUAAUCCAAAGGUCGCUCACCCAAGCAAAAUUAUUAUCUUGCAACGUUUUUUUCAGCUUAACAUCACUGCGGUUGAGCUGGAUCCAACUGUGGUCAGUAUGGCACAAAAAUGGUUUAACGUGGUGAACGACGGGACUCGAAGGACAAUAAAUGCAGACGGAUUGGAAUUUGUUAAGCGAGCUGGAAGGAACCAAGAAAAAUAUGAUGUAGUGUUUUUGGAUGCGUGUGACAGCUCAAAAAGCAUUCCUUGCCCCUCCAAAUUGUUCAGAACGCCUGAAAUGUAUAGUUCCUUCUCCUCAAUUGUGAAAACUACAGGUGCAUUAGUUGUCAAUAUCCUAUCACAAGAGGAAGAUGGCCCUGAAGUUGACCAGAUAAUCGAGGACUUGUCUCAACAUUUCGGGUCCUGCCUCAAAGUGUCCAUCACAGAUGAAGUCAAUAUCAUCGCGAUUUGUACCAAGCAAGCAAUCUCGGAUAGUACCUCAAACACCGACUUCCUUCGGAGACGAGCCAACGCUGUGACAAUGCGAUUAGGCUUACAAGAUGUUCUUAAAACUAUCAAGAUGAAUUAG